AUGCAGUUUCCUCCCUCGCUCAUCGCAACUGCUGCUCUCCUACUCACAGCUGCCCCCCAGCUAGCAUCAGCCCUCUGGGAAUGCGACAGCGGACUCAGUGACCUAGGAGUUGAGCCCGCCGAUGGCACUUUCUGGGUUCACUACACCUCCGUCCGCGAUAGCAACUACCAGCCUAAUGGUGAAGGUUCCGUUGAGCCAUGGAUCCGCGUCUGCAACUCCAAGGACGGAUCUUGGGAAUCCGCCAAGUUUGCAGUGGUCUGCACCAAUUUCGAGGGCGGGAGUUCACAACAGACAUUCGAUGCCUCCAGCAUUGGUCUUACCCAAGAUAUUGCCGUUUACAACGGUGAAGGAUGUGAUUAUGAUGCCAGUGACCUGAAGGGAGGGUACAUCAAGUACGGCACCACUACCAAGUCUUUGCAGGAUGGUUGUGGUGAGAGGGACCAUGGAGUUACUUGCGAGUUCACCUAUUAA